GACCAGUGUGGACUGUGUAAUGAUCUACAUUGCACAAUUAGAUAACCGUAAACGUCCAUACUUAUUUGUAUUCUAGUGUUAUCAGUCUGUACGUAGUCCAGUGUCGACAUUCGACCAAUCGAUGCAUUGUAAUCAACUGUGUUUUAAAAAAAGUUUUUGUUUGUGACUUCAAAAAAUAUUUGGGUUGCAGAAACAAAAGGAGGUAGUUUUUGUGAUAAAACGGUGCAAUGUUUUUGUGAUUUUGUGUUGGAUACUUCAAAGCAAAAAUCAUGUUCGAAGAGAUCGCAUUCGAAGCUGAGUUGAACCGGAGUCUGGACCCCGAGUGCGAGGACGAGGCGCGCAUACUCUGCGAGGAGGAGCCCCGGUAUAGGCGGAAACGGAUAGAGGAGCUGAGGGAUAUGGUAUACGAAAGGGGCGAGUGUCUUCCUCCGCGCAUCGACGACGAGUUUUUGCUCCGAUUCCUCCGCGCCCGACGUUUCGUGCCCGCGCGAGCCCACCGCCUCCUGGUCCGCUACUGCCAGUUCCGAGACGAGCACCCUCAGCUUUACCAGGACGUGUACUGGUACGACCUGACGAAGCUGGGGCACAUCUUCGAGGGUGUACUCUUCGAUAGACCUGACGUGGGACGACUCAUUGUUGUUAACUUGGGUAAAUGGAACCCAGACAUCAACCCCAUAGAGGACCUGAUAAGCUGCGUCCUACUGGUCCUGGAGAUCGGCGUGAUGCAGCCCAAGCUCCAGGUGCUGGGAGGAACCACAAUCAUAGACUGCGAAGGCAUCGGCUUCAAGCACAUGCGUCAACUGUCGCCCAGCGUCGCUGCGCUGUGCCUCAACGUUAUGGGGCUCGCUGUUCCCGUCCAGCAGCGCGCAGUCCAUAUCAUCAACUGCUCCAGGAUGUUCGAGAGACUAUUCUACGUGUUCAAGCGAGUGGCGCCAGCGGCUGAUGAGAUAUGGAAGAAGGUGCACUUCCAUGGAUACGACUUAGCUUCUUUGCAGAGACACAUAGAUCCAGAAUGUCUUCCAGAAAAGUACGGUGGUCUUCGCAAGACAGUCACAGUGGACAAGUGGCUGACCAAGAUCAAGAAGUAUAAGGACAAACAGUUCGACACAGAUUUGGCGACGAUGGGUUAUGCCGUUUGAUUAUGCCUUUCAUGUUGGCCCAUUAUGGAUAUUCGUAUAUGAUUGCCUAAUGCCUAUGAUCAAAGAGAUUGGCAAACAUGGUAGCGUUAUAUCUAUCAUGGCUUAAUGUGAAGGUCUUUGGAACUCGCCUUAAACCAAUUUCACUUACAACCCCAAUUCAUGUAAUGUGAAACGUCGUUUCAAGUGUUGAGCAUGGAACUAAGGCAUUUUGGGAAUUUUAUCACUAAAAUUUUACACCCAAUCCUUAUAACUACGUUAUGUAAGAUGGGCGUUGAAAAUGUAGGAGAUUGAAGAUGACAGCGCCGACCAUUAAAGUCAAGGCUGUGCCAUACACAUAUUUCAGGCGGAAUUUAAAAAGUGGGUCUUUGAAAUUUUGUUUUAACUUUUAGGUCGUAAGAGAAUAUUAUAAGUCAGGAAUUCUGGAUUAUUGAAGAGAAAGAAUAAUUGCAGCAAAAUCCUUUUCCAACCCAGUUGCCUAUUACCUAUAAUUUAAACAAGCAAAGCCUUCGUCUGGUAAAUUGUUAAAAGCGAGAUCAAGGCGUUAUGUAGUAAGACGCCUGCGCAUAAUCGUAUAAAAUUUUAUGACAACUGAAUAUUUGCUCAAUAUUUUUGUCAGGAUAUAGGACAUACAAUAUAGUACAUAGUAUUAUGCAUAGGCACAUUAGGAUAGCCGAGGUCAUAUUUUAUUUUGUACCUUGCCUGCCUUAGGUCUUUAGGAGUCAGUAGUGCAAAUGUCAAGCUAUUUACGAAUGACGUGGACGCCUAAUAAAUUUAACUAAUCCUUGGUAUUGCACACGGUAGGUAGUCCAGGUUACGCUGUAUACACAGGGAGUCCCAAGACCAACAGUCCCUGGCUGCAUGAGACGAGAUACUAGGAACACAUAAUCUGUAAAGCAUUUUCCUAUCUAAAAAUAGGGUUACCAGAGCCAGGGUUCUGAAAAACUGCAGGGUUAUUAUUAGAAUAUUGUAUAAUAAUUUGUAUAUAGUAAAAUAUAAUAUUGUCGUGUCGCGGUGUUUGUUGCUCCUCUGUAACGGCUGCAUUGAUUUUGAUGAUGUGUGCUUGUCGGAUAGGCCAGUAUGUAACAUAUAUGGCAAAAUAACGUUUGAGCCGAUGCAGGUAACUAGUAACAUUUCUGGUCUAUUUUUAGUGCUAUUUGGAAGUAAAAUGAUUCCUAGUCAAUCUACUGAGUGCUGACUGAAAAAUAAUUGUUAAGUAUAAACAAUACAAUUUUCUAGUUAUUUUAAUGACAAUAAUUAAGAGUUCAUAAUUAUA